GGCACCAGGAGAUGGAUGACCUAAUCAGGGGUCGAGGCACCCAAAGGGGCUAGCGCCACUCAGGCGGCCUCCGCGGCGGUUUUGAGGAUUUCUCAACCGCAAUACAAUCGCGAGCGACUUGCUCCAGGAACAAUACGCUGUUGCCAACUAAAAUUUCCCUUUCGGAGCCUUCGGACCCGCUGGCCCUGGUGUUUGAAGCUCACGCCACUCCUCGCUCACCCAUUUAUUACGUUUCCUGAGCCCUGAUCCGUCCAACGACAUUUCCCGCAUUUGUACUCUCGUUAUCCGCUUCCCGCGACAUCCUAGGCAACCCGGUACCUGCUUCUCCGGUGUUAUUUCGCAGCCAUGUCUGGAAAAAGCCUCCCUACGUUCACUCCCGCCGAGGUCGAGUCUCACAACACAACCAAGUCCUGCUAUGUGACCGUGGGCUCCAGGGUCUACGAUGUCACGUCUUUCGUGGAUGACCAUCCGGGUGGCGGCGACUUGAUUAUGGAAUACGCGGGCAAGGAUGUGAAGGAAAUCCUGCGCGAUUCUGUGUCGCACGAGCAUUCAGAGGCGGCCUACGAGAUCCUCGAGGAUAGCUUGGUUGGCUUCGUUGCCUCUGCUAACGGAACUGCCACAACCGCGAAUGGAUCUGCGGAGAAAUCGGAGCAUGUUUUUGCCACGACUGGCAUGUCUCGUGAGGAGGAUUUGUCCGUCGAUACGGAUUUCGACAAAGAUUAUAAGACCCACAAGUUCCUGGAUCUCAACAAGCCCCUGCUGCUUCAGCUUUGGAACAGUGGGUUUAGCAAAGAGUUCUACCUGGAGCAAGUCCAUCGUCCCCGUCACUACAAGGGCGGCGCAUCGGCCCCCCUGUUCGGCAAUUUCCUCGAGCCUCUCAGUAUAACUCCCUGGUAUAUGGUUCCGAUCAUUUGGCUCCCUCCUGUCACUUACGGGACUGUUCUCGGCCUCGCUGGAUUGGGCAACGUGCCCGCGGGCAUUGCCUAUUGGAUGACCGGUCUCUUUCUUUGGACUUUGAUCGAGUACAUUAUGCAUCGGUUCCUGUUUCACGUUGACAAGUACUUGCCCGAUAAUCGCGUUGGGAUCACUCUCCAUUUCUUGCUACACGGUAUUCACCAUUAUGUCCCCAUGGACAAGUACCGACUCGUGAUGCCACCGACCCUGUUCAUUGUUUUGGCCACGCCCUUCUGGAAACUGGCACAUAGCGUCUUUUUCUACAACUGGUAUGCCGCUCUUACCGUCUUUUGUGGCGGUGUGUUCGGAUACAUUUGCUAUGACCUGACCCACUACUUCCUUCACCAUCGCAAUCUUCCUCUCUACUACAAGCAACUCAAGAAGUAUCACCUCCAGCAUCACUUUGCUGACUUCGACAAUGGAUUUGGUGUCACGAGUCGCUUUUGGGAUCGCGUCUUCGGCACUGAGCUUGAGAUGCCGUCCGUCAAAGGCGAAAAGGCCCAGUAA